GGUUCAAUGUUUUUUUCCUGUAGAAUGACAUAUGUACCUACCCUACCCACCACUAGUAGAUAUAUGAGGUAAGGCAGGUGAAUCCGUUGUUUUCCUUCAUCCAUCACAUCACUUUUUUUGUACUACAACAUUACGGACUUGAUACCUUGUAAAGACCUCUCCCAUCGAAAGGAAAGCACGACUUGAAGUUACAUAUAGGUACACCCCGAUAACUUUUCGUCCAGCUUGGUUUCCCUCUUUCCCUGUGGGCUGAUUCAAAGCUCGAAAAAGAACGCACUACGCCGUCUUGCUUCAUUAAUUCAACUCUCUCUCUCUCUCCCACCUUUAUUUUCUCCUUUCUUUCACCCUAUCCCGAUCUCUAUCCUUAUUUUUAUUCUUAUUCCUAUUUUUCUACCUUGUGUGAAUAAUCGUCUCCUGCUCUUCCAUCUAUAGAAUUCCUUUUUAGCACCACUUGACUCGACAAGUAUACGUCAACAUGGCUGCUGCACCAAAGAAAAAGAUCGCUGUCAUGACCUCGGGUGGGGAUGCCCCAGGCAUGAACGCUGUUGUCCGGGCCGUCGUGCGCAUGUCCAUUCAUCUAGGCUGCGAUCCUUACUGUGUCUACGAAGGCUAUGAAGGUCUAGUUCAAGGCAACAAGUUUAUCCGGAAGAUGGAAUGGAACGACGUGCGAGGCUACCUUUCCGAAGGUGGUACUCUGAUCGGAACUGCAAGGUGUAUGGCCUUCUACGAACGUCCCGGACGCUUGACUGCCGCCAAGAACCUAAUCCUCAAUGGCAUCGAUGCCCUCAUCAUCUGUGGCGGUGAUGGCUCUCUUACAGGUGCUGACAGAUUCCGGGCCGAAUGGCCUUCUCUACUCGAAGAGCUUGUGGCCACCGGCCAAUUAGAGGAAAAGCAGAUUGAGUCUUAUAAAUUCCUCAACAUUGUUGGCCUUGUUGGCUCCAUCGACAACGACCUUUCUGGCACCGACGCCACGAUCGGCGCAUAUUCCGCUCUGGCCCGUGUCUGUGAGAUGGUGGAUUAUAUCGAGGCUACAGCCUCUUCACACUCCCGAGCCUUUGUAAUAGAAGUCAUGGGAAGACAUUGCGGCUGGCUUGCCCUAAUGGCAGGCGUAGCCACCGGUGCCGAUUUUAUCUUCAUCCCAGAGAAACCUAGGGAGGAUAACUGGAAAGAAGAGAUGCGACAGGUCAUCCAAAAGCAUCGAGAUUGGGGUAAGCGCAAAACCAUCGUCAUUAUCGCCGAAGGUGCUUUAGAUAGGCAUGGCACCAAAAUUUCCCCUGAAAUGGUAAAGGAUCUUUUAGCCGACAAGAACGGCCUUGCCCUCGACACUCGCAUCACAACCCUCGGUCAUGUCCAGCGUGGAGGUACCGCUGUGGCAUAUGACAGAAUGCUUGCCACCCUACAAGGAGUGGAAGCAGUCAAGGCAGUCCUGGAGGCAACGCCGGAGACCGAAACUUGCGUCAUCGCUAUAACCGAGAACAAGAUCGUUCGAAAGCCCCUUAUGGCAGCUGUGAUAGAGACUAAAAAGGUGGCUACGGCCAUCGAGGCGCAAGAGUUUGAUAAAGCUAUGUCUCUUCGCGAUGCCGAAUUCUCUGACCAAUAUAAAUCUUAUAUGAUGACGACCACUAUGGGACUCGACCAAGACAUACACUUGGAAGACUCCAAGAGAAUGAAGAUUGGCUUUAUCAACGUUGGAGCACCCGCAGGCGGUAUGAAUGCUGCGAUUCGUGCGGGCGUAGCUUAUUGCCGAUCGCGUGGACACGAGCCCCUAGCGAUUCACAACGGUUUUGCCGGUUUUGCGCGACACCACAGUGACGAACCACUGGGUGCUGUCAGGCCCUUUGACUGGUUAGAGGUCGACGGGUGGGCAAGCAAGGGAGGCUCGGAGAUAGGAACGAACCGCGAACUCCCAGAGGAAUCCGGCAUGGAGUUGAUUGCCAAACUCAUCGAGAAGUACGAAUUUGACGCCUUAUUCCUAAUCGGUGGCUUCGAGGCCUUUCAUGCUGUCUCGCAGCUACGUAACGCUAGAGCUAAAUACUCUUCUCUAUGCAUUCCUAUGGCUCUAUUGCCGGCAACCAUUUCGAACAACGUCCCUGGAACGGAGUAUUCUCUGGGCUCCGAUACUUGCUUAAACGAACUGGUUGGCUACUGCGACAAAAUCAAGCAGUCUGCAUCAGCUACUCGACGCCGGGUAUUCGUGAUUGAGACCCAGGGUGGCCGUUGCGGAUACGUUGCAGUUCUGGGAGGGUUAGGCAUCGGUGCUAGCGCUGUCUACAUCCCAGAGGAGGGUAUCAGCUUAGAUAUGCUGAAUGCUGACGUCAAGCAUCUAAAGGACGUCUUCGACAAAGAUAAGGGUCAAUCUCGCGCGGGAAGACUGAUCCUCGUCAACGAGAAAUCGAGCAAGGUUUUCUCCGCCAAGCUCAUUGCCGAUAUUAUUCGUGAAGAAGCUCAUGAUAGAUUUGAAUCGCGAGACAGUAUCCCGGGCCACGUUCAACAAGGUGGUGUCCCCUCCGCCAUAGACAGGUGCCGUGCCGUCCGACUAGCCAUCAAAUGCAUACAGCACCUCGAACAAUAUGGUCCCAACCCGCAAAAGAAUCCGGGUAAGAUUAUCAAGGACCCUUUGAGUGCAACUACCAUUGGCAUCAAAGGCGCCGACGUGGUCUUCUCUCCUAUGGAGCAGCUCGAAGAGGAGGAGACGGAUUGGAAAAACCGGCGACCGACAGCGGCUCAGUGGUUAGACAACAAGGAGGUAGUUGACAUCCUCGGCGGGCGUCCACGAUACCCAUUGCCGGAGAGAGGAUUACAUGGACUCAAGGCUAAGGACGCAAAACGAGGGCUAUUUUAGCGAUAAAGCAAAAGGAUAUGUAGGCACAGGGCGGGCAGCGGGCUGCAGGGUGGGUUAGAAAGAAUAUGGGCACAGAAUCGGACAGGUAGAUAGAUUGGAACGGUUAUGCGCGCAUGAUUAUGAUUCAACAUGUAUUGGAGUUUUAUAAGGUUCGUGAUCUAGGUGUAUGCAUCUACCAAUACCUACUUUCUAAAGAUCCAGGUCAAUCAAUUCAUUUCAUCUUAAAUGUGUAGUCUAGGGGGCUAUCCCGAGACAUACAAGCUUGCAAGUGUCACUGAUGCAAGGGAUCGUGGUUAUAUAUAGUUGUAUCGAGAUACAUAGGUGUUUCCCCAGCCUCUUGACGAAUAUAGAUUCUGAUUGGCUAAACAGCUUCAUUGUCAUCCCAAUGUAGGCAUAUUUCUAGAACUGCCCCUUGUACAUAGGAUUGG